UGUCAACAGUAUUACUGUCAUCCUGCCAUGAUUCACGAUUUGACAUUAGGUCUACGCCUGUCUUCUGAAAAGAAAAUAUAAACAAAUCAAUUUUAUCUCGUGUAACAAACUAAUAUAUGCUACAAAAGAAAGCUAAAACUUAAUAAGUGUUGUUACGAAAAUUAAUUAAACUUGAAUAACAUACAACUUACUGUGCACUGCUUAAUAUUGUAAAGCCUACAUGAGCUUACAUUUGGAAGAAGUUAACGAAACACAACAACUCAUGCAGAAUGAAGGCGACGAAGAAGAACAGAAGGUUCCUCAUGUGGCGACAUCGCCAGUCGCAAGUAACAAGUUGUCGAGCGGUCCUGCCAGCUUAACAUCGAAGAAUUUGGGCCAAACCACUUCUGGCGUAGGCAACAGUAGUGUCAAUGAAUCGACCAAAAUUUCUUAUGUCAGUGAAAAACGCUUGAAUAGGGAUAAUAACAUGAUGCGAUCCACUAACAAUAAACCAAAAAGUAUACCAAAAGAAGCACCAGAUGUUAAAAACAUGGAGAAGGCUCUAUUAGAACUAUUAGACGAUUUCCAUACUGGGAAGUUGAGCGCAUUUGGUACUGGCGGUAGUAUGGAGCAAAUGAUUAAUAUUAGGGAUCAACAGGAACAUUUGGCUCGCUUACACUUCAGGCUCUGUGCAGAUGUUGAAAAGCCUACUGAAGACAGUUUUGAAAACUCAGCUUCUAGGGAUAAAAUGGCACAGCUUGUGCAGAGUUUAGAACAACUUUCUGCGUCCAUAGAGCAUCUACAUUCUGAUGAUAGUACUGUUAACAGCAGUGGUCCAGAAAAACCACAAUAAAGAGGGCAUUCGCUAAAGUAAUAAUAUAUUUAUUUAUAAAAUAAGAGUAGAUGGUACCUAAUUGGUGUUAUUUUUAUUUUUAUUGCAAUGGAUGGGAAAUCAAAAUGUAUUAAAGUAAAGGUUAACUGAAUAGUGAUUUGAAUGUGAUAUUUGUAAAGAUAUGUAAUUACAUUAAGAUGCAACUCACUGACAACAUGAAAAUCAGUUUUCGUAAAACAACUGUUUCCUAUGAACUUUCAAGUUCACGUUUCAAAGUCGACAAUGUUAAAGCAAGUUACACAAAUACAACCAUGGAAUCCUGAUACUUAUGAGGAAGUUUAUUUGUAUAAUUUAAAUGCUAAAACAACUAAAUCAAUUAAAUGCCACUUAUUAUCUGAGUAUAGGAUGUAUUAUUUCCUUUUUGUUCAUUAUUUGUUCCAAUGAUAAAUAUAUAUAAUAUAGCCUCAUAGUGAUUCAUUUCAAAUAAAAAACAGUUGUUCUAUGUAAUCAAA